AUGUCGUUUGGGUCCAUCUCUUGGGAGGCACAUACAACGCUUGCUAUCGCCAUGAAUCGCAUCGGUGGCAAAUCUAACACUGGUGAAGGUGGCGAGAAACCGGAGCGCUAUGCGAAAAACCAAGAUCCAAAUAACAAUCUACGGUCGGCUAUUAAACAGGUUGCUUCUGCUCGUUUUGGUGUCACAUCUGCUUAUCUGGCGAACGCCGAUGAACUUCAAAUCAAAAUGGCGCAAGGUGCAAAACCUGGUGAAGGUGGUGAAUUACCUGGUCAUAAAGUGACAAAGGAUAUUGCUGAUACGCGUAAAUCGACACCGGGUGUUGGAUUGAUCUCACCGCCACCCCAUCACGAUAUCUAUUCCAUUGAGGAUCUCGCUCAAUUGAUCUACGAUCUCAAAUGUGCCAAUCCUGAGGCACGUGUUAGUGUGAAACUUGUUUCUGAAGCAGGUGUUGGUAUUAUCGCAUCAGGUGUUGUGAAAGGUUACGCCGACCAUCUCACAAUCUCGGGACAUGAUGGCGGUACUGGAGCCUCGAGUUGGACCGGUAUCAAGCACGCUGGCCUACCUUGGGAACUUGGUGUUGCCGAAACUCAUCAGGUGCUAACUAUGAACAAUCUCAGGAGUAGAGUAAUUAUUCAGGCUGAUGGACAAAUCCGAACUGGCCGUGAUGUGAUGAUAGCAGCUUUGUUGGGUGCGGACGAAUUCGGCAUGUCCACUGCACCACUGAUCGUGCUUGGCUGUACAAUGAUGAGGAAAUGCCAUCUGAAUACAUGCCCCGUCGGUAUUGCAACUCAGGAUCCUGUUCUACGUGCCCUGUUCGAAGGUAAACCAGAACAUGUGGUGAAUUUCAUGUUUAUGGUAGCCGAAGAAGUACGGUAUUUCCUUGCAAGGCUCGGUCUUCGAAAACUUGACGAUGCCAUUGGACGAACUGACCUUCUCUAUGCGAGUCCAAAUCCUGUGAACAAGAAAGCAACGCUCCUUGAAUUUGGCUCAAUUUUGAAGAAUGUCCACCAUAUGUACCCGCAUGUUUCUACGAAAGGAGGAACAGUGAAACAGAUAAUCGAACUGGGUGAACUCGAGCAGGAAAUUUUGAAAGAUCUGCAUCGGGUGCUGGAUGAUCCCGGCGAGCAUUUGGAGAUUUCUGGCAAAACCAUCACAAACUUAGACCGAGCGUUCGGCACCAGAAUUAGUUACGAGAUCUCGAAACGCUUUGGUGAAGAUGGACUUGAAGAACCAAGAUCGAUCAGAAUAUCCCUUCAAGGCUCCGCAGGACAGUCAUUCUGUGCUUUCCUCACCAAAGGUGUCACGGUUGAACUUGAAGGCGACGCUAACGACUACGUUGGAAAGUGUCUCUCCGGUGGAACUGUCAUCGUCUAUCCACCGAAAUGUGCACAAUAUAAAUCCGAGGAGAAUUCGAUUAUUGGUAAUGUCGCGCUAUACGGUGCCACUUCAGGUGAAUGUUGGCUGCGUGGAGUAGCUGGAGAGCGUUUUGCCGUCAGAAAUUCUGGUUCAAUAGCCGUGGUUGAAGCGGUAGGAGAUCAUGCCUGCGAAUAUAUGACUGGAGGCCGCGUCAUCAUCCUGGGAACAAUUGGACGGAACUUCGCUGCUGCAAUGAGCGGUGGAAUCGCUUUCCUCUUCAACCAAGGUGAUCCAUUCACUCAACGAAUAAACGUGGCAACUGUUGACUUGGAUGAACCUAACGAAGACGAUCUGGUCUUUGUCCGCCAAAGAAUCAAGCGCUUUGUUGAGCUGACUGGUUCGGAGGUCGGUCAACGUAUCCUUGACAACUGGCAGAAGGAACAUGCAAAAAUUAUCAAGGUGGGCACUUUAUGA